AUAGAAGAAUAAUAACAAAGUUUGUUUCUAUGAUUCUAAAUAAAGUGCUGUUAUAGGUGAAUUUAGUGCAGUGUUUUUUAUGGACUUUUUGUUAAAUGGGUAUAAUUUAAAUACUGCAACAUGAUAAGCUUUUUAAGGAUAUCGCUAAUUUAUUUUAUAUUAGUAAUAGUAGGAGUAAGCUGUGAUGACGUAAUUGUGGCAAUAAAUGAAAAUGUCACUGUAACGCCGAAUGAAGCAGGCACCAUCUAUACGGUUUGGAUGAUUGAAAAUAACCACGAUUUUGAUGCUGGUGAUCAAGUGCUAUUACCUCUUUUCAAAAUUGUUGACACAAAUGUUGAACCGACAAUCACUUUUGUUUCUUCGGCCUUCCAAUAUGCUGUGUUGGAAAACAAAGAGGAAACAUCAUCUUCUAUAUUUUAUGCAAUUCAGUCUUUUGACUACGAGACUCAGCCAUCCCAGUACCUGUUCAAUGUUCAGCUGCAGAAUUUGGACUUUAUUCCCGUAGUUAAUUUUAUUAUAAUUAAUAUAGAUGACGAACAACCCUCGUUGUCCCCACCACAAUGCUCAUUUGACGAAAAUACAAUUUAUACAAAGGACAACAGCACCUGCUUUAGUAUAGUCUUAGACCCAGACGGUUGGUUAGACCAGAUGACAUUUGAAAUUGUCAACAAUAACGAUGCACCGCACUUAUUUGCAUUCGAAUAUCGGGAAAUUCCUGAGGAUAACAUUCAUUCAGCAAACGUGUAUAUUACAGUUUUGGAAGAACUCAAUUAUCAAAAUAUACCAUUCUACUUAUUUGACGUCAGAGCACAGGAUGGAGCGGGCCACUCCACCACACCGAGCGAGUUGGUGAGGGCUAUAAUAAAUGUAAACGAUUUACCUGAUACUCCUCCAGAAUGGACAAGUUUCUUCAUGUCCGAGCAGUUCUAUGAGCAAUCAGAACAAACUUUCGAAGUAAUGGCUAUAGACGGAGAUUAUGGACUAAAUUAUGAAAUAAACUACAAGGUACUAUGGGAAGAUGACGAGGAAGCCAGUUACAUUAGUAUCGACAACUAUGGAACCAUAUCCGUGAAACCAAUCGAUAGGGAUAAAGAUGAUAUUUCUACAUAUGUAUUUGAAAUCGUGGCAUACGAGGUACCCGAUCCGAUUUGGAACACAUCGUUGCUCAUAACUUUCUUCGUCCUCGACAUAGACAAUAAUCCGCCCUUGGUAAGGUGGAUUUUGGACGCCUCAUUUGAUAAUGUAACUUUCCCUGUAGACGACGAAACCGAAAAAUCUACAGAAAUGAGUUUGCUAGAGAACACCGAUGGAACUUUGAAUCUUACGAUUUUUAUAAGAGACAUCGACACGGGGCAAAACGCACAAUUUACAGUGGAAUUAGAAGAUCUUCAGGAAAAUGAGAUAGAGUAUACAGAUGCUUUUAUGAUCGUCCCAACAGCUGGAUACAGGACGGAUCAAUUUCAAAUUAUUGUAAAGAAUGUUUCUUAUAUAGAUUAUGAGCUCCCCGGUUGGACUGACAUUAGCUUUAACGUUCUAACAAGAGGAGUAUUACGCCCAGCCAAGGAAGAUCAUAUAUUGGUAAAAAUUACUUUAAUUGAUUACAAUGACGAAAUCCCUGAAUUUGCGAGGACCGAGUAUUAUGUAUCUAUAAACGAAACUGCCAAAAAGGGCGAAUUUAUAAUACAAAUCUUGGCAACUGAUCUUGAUGCAGAGGAUAAAAUUUUAGAGCACAGCCUAAUUGGGUCUACAUAUGCGAGUCAAAUUUUAGAAAUCGAAACAGACACAGGAAAUAUAUAUGUGAGUGCAGAUAAUGCAUUUGACUAUGAUACAGUUAACCCGAUAUUCGUCCAUGUUAGAGCCACUGAUAAAGUUGGCCAUAACACUACCGUACCGUUAACCAUAAACUUACUCGAUGUAAACAACAAAGCACCAAUUAUAUUUGUGGGAGAACGAAUUACCGUUGAUGAAAAUCAACAACCGGGUACAGCUCUAAAUUCAAGCAUAACGGCCUCAGAUAUAGAUACCACCGCAGAGUUAUCAGCGGAGAUAGACUGGGAUGCGUCUUAUGUCAUGAAGAAUUCACGAAGACUGGAUAUGGAUGAGAUAAUAAUUAGCCAGCAAGUAAAGUUCUUAGAUGUGGAAUAUCGAAGAGUGGAUGAAUCAGAUGACACUAAUAGAGACAUAGCAAUUGAUUUAAUAGUAAACGACAAUAAUCCUAAUGGGACAACUCCCGAUUUCGAACUCUUCGAUUCAUUAUUCAUCUCUUUGAAAGUUACGGAUUGGAUGACUGAUCCUGAAUUCAUGGACAAACAAAACACAUCAGUGAUUAUACUAAUUAGUAUAAACGACAUAAACGAUAAUACUCCAUACUUCCCGGAGGCGAUUUUGCCGGAAUUCGGAAGAGAAAAUAGAACAGUUCAGGAGUUGGCACCAAAAUGGACAUAUGUCAGUUCCAUAGUAGCGAUUGAUCUUGACGUUGGGGACACUGUAACAUACGACUGCACGCCAGUUGAUCCAAACUUCGACUGGAUUGAUGUCAAUGAAGCAACUGGUGUAUUGACUGUAAAGGACUCAAACCUGGUAGAUGCGGAUAAGGACAAAACAUUUUAUUUCAACUAUUCUUGUACUGCUAGCGAUAAUGGCUAUACACAUACAUCCGACCCAUUGAUGAUCCCCUUUUAUAUAAUCGACACCAACAACAAAGUUCCUGUUAUAACGAUUAACGAUAUGGUAUCUGUUGAUGAGAAAAGCGAACCAAAUAGAGAGGUUGCUGUAAUCGGCACUCAUGACGAUGACAGAGAUAUUCCAUUCCAUACUGUUGCGUGUUAUUUGGAUAUGACACAGACGUGUGCAGAUAAAUUUAUAAUUGUCAAUAAUGUAAUAUUAGUGAGAAAUGGCUAUGCGGAUAUAGACAGAGACUUAGGAGAUUCAAUUUAUAUCUGCCCUAUGACAUGCCAGGACAAUCCGCACUUUUUACAAAAUGACAGGAACCCCAAUUAUGUAUCCAAAAUAAUAAGAAUUCGGUUGCUGGAUAUUAACGACCACGUCCCAGAAGUUUUGACUACGAAGUUAAGCACUUCUGAAAACGUUGAAAAGGGUGACAUAAUUGGAAUAAUACUAGCAAUGGAUAUAGACGAAGGCGAUAACGCUGAAAUAGAUUUUGAAAUCACAAGAAUUGAAAACUCCAAUGGCGAAGAUAGUUCUAGUUUGUUUGAUAUUACUACAGAUGAAAAUUACUAUGUGGAUUUAACUCACAAGCAGGCAAAUCUGAUUGCAUCUGAAGAUUUGAGAGGGGCGUUUGGAAAUUACACUGUAGCAAUCCGGGUUGCCGAUAGAGGGGAUCCACCUAAUGUAGCUACUUAUUCUGUAACUGUAGAAGUUCAGAAAUUCAACUUUGCACCUCCACGAUUUAUAUAUCCAAUUAAAAGUGGCAAGAGCGUCUUUCUAUUGUGAUUGAAGCUGAUUGCUACAGCCAGAGUGGAAGAACCCCAAUCUGGAGAGGCUUCUUAUACAAGUGAGACGAACAUAACAAUAAACUUCUUAAGAAUAGUAUAACAUUUUUAACUAAUUUAUACAACUAAAAAACUAUUAAAUUAGGAACAUUUAAAAUUUAACUACACGCUCAUUUUCAAUCUCUAAAUUGAUAGUUGUAAUUUUACUCUAACUGAAAAUUGAACUGAAACCAUUAUAAAUUUGUUUUCAAUAGUGAUAUAUUUUUUAAGUAACCGAAUCUAAAAUUGUUCUUUUCGUAUAUUUAAAAUAUAUUUAUAUGCUGUUCUAUACUUUAUACUAUGUAGAAUAACGAGAACAAAUAUAUCACGUAUUGAAAAUGUGGAGUAAUCAAGUUCUGUAUUUUAUCUUUUUUACUAUUACUAUUCAUUCAUUAUUUAGAUGUAUUCUGUUGUAGUUAUAUGUCCUAUUUUUGUAUUCUAGGCAUAUUUUCAAUUUUAGUAUAAAUAUAAACGUAAAUGUA